AUGUUCGCAGAUUUCCCCAGACAGUCCAGACGAUUUCUGGAGGCACCGUGCGCAACGUCACCAUGGAGCCCGUGGAUGUUCCAAAGAAGUCGUCCACAAAGACCCGGCAGCAUGCACCACACAACAACAUGCAAGACAUACGAAUUAGGCAUGUCCGAGUUGUGA